AUGGAUUCUUGCAGUCUCUUCAGCGUCAAGGUUCGUGCCAAAGGCAUCGGCCGGAUGAUCACCCAAGGCUACGCCGAGUCUGGUGCCAACGUCUUCAUCACCGGCCGCGACGCCAAAGCCUGCGACUCCGUCGUCGCCGAGCUCCAGCCCGUCGUCUCCAAAACCGGCGGCUCCAUCCUCGCCAUCCCCGCCAACCUGCAAUCCUACGAGGAAUGCGAGCGUCUCGUGGCCGAGCUCUCCGCCGCCAUCUCGCGCGCCGGCCGCGCCCCCGGCCUGCACGUGCUCGUCAACAACGCCGGCGCCGUCUGGGGCGCCGACGUCGACAACUACCCGGACCACGCCUGGACCAAGGUCCUCACCCUCGACCUGCAGCGCGUCUUCACCCUCUCCCAGAAGGCCCUGCCCCUCCUCGAGCAGGCGGCCACGGCGGACGACCCGGCGCGGCUCAUCCACAUCGGCUCCAUCGACGGCCUGCGCGCCCCCGCCACGGCCAACUUUGCCUACUCGGCAGCCAAGGCCGGCCUGCACCAGCUCUCGCGCCACCUGGCCAGGGAGCUCGGCCCGCGGUUCGUGACGAGCAACGUGGUCGCGUGCGGGCCCUUCCCGAGCCACAUGAUGAAGGCGACGCUGGAGGCGGCGGGCGACUACAUCAGGAGCGAGGUGCCGCUGCGGCGGGUGGGCAAGCCGGAGGAUGCUGCGGGGGCGUGCAUCUACCUUUCGAGCAAGGCCGGUGCAUUUUGCACGGGCGCGACGAUUCGUGUAGAUGGUGGCGCGUCCCAGGUGGCCAAGAUUUAA